AUGUCCACUGCCGAGAUUGAUUCUCAGUGGGCGUCGGCCUUUGGAACUACCCCCCGUCCGGUACUCUAUGCUUCUGAGGAGUUCAAUGAGGAUGGCUUCCAGCCCUUGAACGACCCGCAAACAUUCAUCAUGAACAUCUCGAAUCUCAAACGCAAACAACUAUAUGCUGCAAGUGCCAAUAAUCAGAUUGCCAUGAGAUUAGCCCAGGAUGAAUACCUCGACUUGGAGCGUCAGAUCAAUCGCAUCAAAGGCAAAGAGACCAUGAAGAAUCCCCAGGCACUUCCUCCACAUGAUGUAUUUGAAGAACGCAAAGAAGCUGCACUCUACGGUUACAAAUACGAGGCCAACAAACCAGCAUUGCUCGUCGCCGGAAUUCCAGGUCUGCGAGCGGCAGAUGACAUCUCUGAGCGUGAGAAGCAUGAUGUGCGACUUUUUCAAGAACCCUUCGAGCAAGGUGGCUUCGUCCCUAAAGAGCGAGAGUACAAAGCAAUGGUUGCCAAAGCAGCGAACCCGAAAAACAUCGACGGCUGGGACCCAGUCAUGAAGAAUGGCAGACCACUCUACCCCAAACAGCAGGUCCACCAUGACGAGUAUUCCAUCACAUAUGUUAAGCGCAAUGUGGAUGAGAAGGGUGAAAUCAUACGACCCGUGUCACCAGCAAGCAAUGCCUCGAGAGACACUCCAAACAAAGCUGUCAACAAACGCCUGACCCGAACCAGAUUUGAUGGUCGAAAGGUUCCCGCAACUCGCGACGUUUCCGAGGCUCCAUCUGGCGUUACUACACCGACCAAAAAGAGAGGAAAUACACCUGCCAAUGAUGAGCGCGAAGACACACCGACUGGCAAACGACGCAAACUGAAUGGUGCUGCAGUAGAGACCGUCAAACCAAAACAUCCAAACCAGUACACCAGAGGUCGUCCUGGCUAUGGAAACUUGCCAACAAAUCCAGACCGUCCCAAACAUCCCAACCAAUACACCAAAGCAAAGGAAUUGGCCACACAGAACGCCGUCUCAACCUCUGCCGUCCAAAACCCACCAAAAGCAACGGGGUCGAAGGUGCCUUGGCAAGGUCUCUCGGCCGAAGAGAUGAGAAAACGCAAGUGGACAGACGAAGAGUUGCUGGAGGCAAUCAAACAAGAUCACUCAUGGCUGAGCAUGCAGGGCCCUGCCAAGGCCGAGGAGAACAAAACCAAGAUUCUCAAUGGCAUGAACCCUGUCCGAAGCUACAGCAUGGUGAUGAAAUGGGAGCAAUGGAGGGCCGAGAACAGAGACAAGCGGCCACGAAACAAGAAGGAGGAUCCCGAAGGGACUCCGGACGAGUCGAAAGAUGCCAACGAGGCAUCUCGACCAAAGAGAGCGGCCGCCGUCAAGAUCGGUAGGCUCGCAGAGCCAGACAGCGCUCAAACCACUCCGUCCGCAACACCAGCACCAGAUGGUGGUGUUGUGGCGGAGGAGGUCAAAGGCUCAGGAGGAAGCAACCGGGCGACAAGAAGAAAAGGGGGCAUGGACCUCAAAUCCAUGAUGAACGAUGAAGACCAGGAGGACGAGUUGCAGGACGACGAGUCAAUGAUUGUGGUCAACGGGGCCUCGGAGCCACCCAGACGGCGCUCCAUGCGCAAUGCGAAGUGA